AUGAACGUCGUGGAGCUUCUUGAGAAAAAACACUUUAAGGCCAUAGAGAGGAGCGUCCAAAGGAAGAAGCUGAAAAAGUUCUUCUUCGCCUUUUUAAGGUUUAACAGUUUGUAUAAGGGGAAGAACAAAGCUGUGGGCAAAUUGUGGAAGGACAUUGCAGCUGGGGGGGAGUACCUCGACACGAUUAAAAAUUUCUCCUUUGUGAAUUUUAAAUAUGUAUGCGAGUUUGUGAAGCGAUUGGGUGAGGGGGCGAGUCCUCCCGAAUGGGUGAAUGGACAGGAUGGGCUGGACUCAUUGGAAUGGCCAUGCUUGCCUCCUACUACUGUGCCAGAUGACAUGGAGAGAGACCCUCAAAGCAUUGCGGAUCUUUUUCUCGUACAGUUAUUCCGUGUGGUGAGGCUCCACGCGAGUGUGAAAAAGGGGUGGGCGCAGAAGAGUGGCAACACGAAAUGUGAAGGUCCACUUGAAGGGGAAGGGGAAGAAGAAGGAGCAUUCACAGAUGAGGACAAACCAAGUAUGGGUAUACCCCAAAUAAAUGACAUUAUAUUUAUUAACGAAAAAAGAGAGUUUGAAAUUUUGUUCAGUUUGAUACACCCCCUUGUGCACAACAUAUACGCAACGAACCUUGUGGCAGACGUGAUGAUGAAGUCCCCAACCCUAGACAUGGACAAGUGCUAUAUGCAGUUGCUCAUUUCUGUGUUGCUUCAUCUGUACAAAAAAAAAAAAGACGUCCUUUUUUUUUAUUUUAUAAUAUACAAAAAAUGGAAGAAAGUGAAAAAAAACAUUUCGAACAGCGUGGAAAUUAUUAUGGAAUGGGAAGCAAUAAAACUUUUUGUCAGAAAAAAUAAAAAAGACAUUUAUGAUUUUAAAUGUUUACGAUACUUCCUCCUUAACCUGUGUGAUCGUUCUGCUAUUCAUCGCAUGUUAAAAUACGUCUUCUCAUUUUUACGUGAUAUUUUUUUAUUCAAUCAUCCAAACAGUUGGGAGAUGGAUUUUUGGACAUACAGAAAGGAAAGCAACUUUUACGAGUUUGCCUUUUUCCUUUACCUUUCCGUUGAAGAUCUGUGUGAUGAAGAGUUCGUAUUUUUUGUCCCUCCUCUUGAAAAAAUAAAAAAAUUACUUCAAUGUGAACAGCAAUCUUGUGCAACGAUGGAUAUUUAUUUGGUACUCCACUUUAUUGACAAAUGUGAUUGCGAGCUUUCCGUAAAGUUAAGACUCAUUUUGGUGUCCCUUAUUCGAUGUGCCAAUUCACCUGACUUGUUCAGGCAAAACGAGGAGAAUUUUUUUCGUGCUUUGGUGGAGCCCGCAAGGGCGCAGCUACUGGGUGGGUCGCCACCCCAUGGAAGUCCCCCCCCGGAGCACCGGCGCAUCGCUCAUUUCGUGUCCACCUACAUGUCCGACAAGGACGAAUUAAUCAUGCGCACCACGAGGAAGGAGUCCUUCUUUAACUCCUCGUGCAUCAUCAAGUACGUCCACAUGAAUUGCUACAACAUCGUUAACAAUAGGAAGGAGUACACAGUGAAGUAUGAGCAUCUUGAGAGUGACCUGGAAGCCCCCACGGCGCACCCGUAUGAAUAUAACCUACACAGCGAUGUGACCAGUUACAAGAAUUAUUUGUCGUCUAGCGUUAAUGGAAACACAUGCAGGAAGUAUGCAACCCUUGUAUCGGUCGUGCUCCACAUGAACCUCCUUCGGUUGAGUGAUGUCUGGAGUUUCACACUCACCAAGUUGGUGGAGAACAAUUUAAUCUUCCAGCUCAUGAAUCUGUUGAGGCUUCGGAGGAAGAGCUCCCUUUUGUGCCUCAUCAUUUCGAGCCUACUAAAGGUGCGUUACGAGAUGGUGCAGGAAUACGUGCGCGCGGAGAGCGGGGGCGCCACGAAUGUUAGCGGUAGUGGUAACGUCCCUUUGGGUGGUGGCUUGGCGAGCGGUUUGGCGAGCGGCUUGCCUUACGACUUGGAUGGAGACCCGCGCGUAGACCUGCGUGGACCCGAGCUCGCUAAGCGGCGCGCGCUUAGGAAAGACGUGAUGGAGUACGCGACAAACGAAAACAAACUGAUGGACAUCCUGUGCUACCUCUCAAUGGAAGUAAAAAAGGACCUUCUGAAGUUACCUCUAAUUAUAAUAAAAUUUCUUUUUAAAAAUAUUUUCAAGUACCUUUCCAAGCCCAUACACGAUGUGAAGAAAAGCAUAAGGCACUACUUUGAUCGGAUGUCCUUGAGGAUAAGUGUGUACCUCUUUGAGCUGAUUCACAAAAUGUCUGCUUGCAUUUACUACCAAGGGGAAGUGCACUCCCUAGACCACUACAGAAAAAAAUUCCUCCUCUUUCCAAUUUACUUUAUUGUGGUCGAUGUGUAUGUACAGUUCGCGGAGAAGUACAACGAGAAGAACAACGCUGUUUUGCCAUCUCUCCUGAAUUAUAAUUUUGUGCAGGGCUUUCUUUUCCUCUUUGAUUACCCCAGGGGGACUUUAACAACCUUGGGGAGUGGUCUCUCGAGGAGGAACCGAGUUAAGGAUGCUGUUAAUCCAUUCCUUGGCGAGGCGGAUGAGAGUCGUACGCGGGGCGGGAAGAAGAGCCAACUGUUGAGGCGAGCGUGCACUGAUUAUUGCUUAACGUGGGGCGGUAGCCAAAGGGGAAAGACCCCUCCCCCACGUUGCAGCGUAACACAAAUGGACGAUGUGAACCUACUGAAGCACAGCCACUACAGCUACCUGGACGUGUCGCAAACGGAGAGUAGUACCUCAAGUGAAGACCAUUCGCAAGACAUCCUUUUCAUUAUGAAAAAAUUUAUUGAAGCGAAUCCAAACCAAGUGUGCUGCUAUUUGUACACUCUCCUGAUGUAUGCCAUUGCUCGAGUUCACACUUCCGUCUGCUACAGAUAUAUGGAGAUAAAUUACCUGAUCAUGUUGCACGUCCUUCCAUGGAAGACUUGCUUGAACUUUUGCAGAAGGGAUUCUCAACUGAGUUGCUUUUUUUUUCAAAAGUGGUAUGAAUGCGUUCAUGCGUUACUACCCGAAAUUAUCCUCACGCAGUUUUCUUCAGGGGGGGUGAACAAUGAGAUGGAUGAGGAAGAGAAUGGCCACUGCUACCUCACCUGUGACGGUGUAGACACAUGCAUAGGUGACCCGUCGGGAAGUUACCCGCUUGUAGAAUCUUCAAAUGGAUUAUACGCCCACAUUGUGAAAGCCAGGGAUGCCAUGAGGAGGCUUUUCCUUGGCGCUACGGAGAACAACUCUGUGGUGUGUGCCCCGGAUGACGCUAUCAUCAUGGGGUUGGAAAGCUCGCUGCUGAGGAACUGCCUGCUGGUGGUUACCUUCAUCGAGGUGAUCCUGUUGAAUGGGGGGGGCGCCAUGGAAAGUGGUCUCCAUUUGGGGGGUUCCAGUGUUGGUGACCUUGACCCCCCUACCCCCAUGCGAAACUUCACCCAACUGAUGAAGCACCUACUAGACGAACAGCUCUGCGCCCACUACAUCUCCAUCUUCCAGAACCCAUUAAAUUUUUUCCUGCAAAUUUCUCCCAAGUAUGCCGAGCUGCUGGUAACACACAACUUCCUGGACAGCCUGGCAUGUUUUAUCUUUACGAGGCUGCAAAGCUACUUGUCGCUGAUCCCGCCCCGUCUGUGUGCCGAGGACUUCCUACCGCUCAAGGUGGAGGACAUCACGGCUUUGCAGGAGACCGCCGUGGCGCAGUGGGUGCUCAGUCUCAGAAGCGGGGAAGAGGCGGACACGAAGUGCCAAGCGGGGAAAGUGGAACACACGAAGCGCGACGCGGGACCAAUCCUCGGCGACCUAAACUUCUUCCUAAAGAAAAUGGAUGCGUUGGUGAAGACACUGAGCGAGAGCAGCCUGCAGAGCCUAUGCGAGUCGGGGUUCGACACUCAGAGCGCCUUCUACCUGUCCUUCUACGUCCGCCCCACCACAUUCCACACGGUCUUCCAUUACCUAGCAAGCAGCAUGAUGGCCAUAACGAGUGAUAGCUUUAACGUAGAAGAGAAUAUCAACUACUACAAGAACAUUUAUAUAAAAGAAAAGGAAACCGUGUUGAAACCAUAUAAUGUAUUGGACAAGACCACCUUCUACACACAGUUGGUUGUAUUUUACUUUAUUGUACAUGCAAAAAAUAACAGAAUCGAGGUGGAAGGUUAUAAGAAGAACUUGUGCUGCUAUUUUAAAGGUUGCCUCCAGAGAUGCUUCAGACCUUACUUAGACCAUUUUGUUUCUUCUAUCCUACCUGUGAUGUUACACUUUUAUUACUUCUUCCCUUCCUUUAUCCCUGAGCUGUUGAGCGCCCUAAUGGAAAUUGAGUUGAAGGAGGAGAACGAACAACUGUGCAGGGAGCUGUCUCAGUUUGAGAAGCGCGUUCGGCGGGUGCUCGAGGUGUCUUAUGUGCACAGUGCAGACGGGGCUCAGCGAAGUGGUGGUGCCCACUCGGUUGGUGCUGCUCACUUGGGUGCAGCGUGA